UACUACAAUUUUUAAUUAACCAUGGCUGACUACCCCUACUCAUCAAAUUUCUUCUCAGGUCUGUUAAAAUUCAACCCUCUUCAUCGUCACCAUGAACCACCACCUCAGCCGCCUCCUCAUCCUUCACAACCUCCUCCUCCAUAUGCUCACAACUUCUUCCUCAACCAAACCCACUCCUUUUAUUUCCUCACCGACCAACAAAACCUUAACACCAGGCCUCCUUCCCCUCCUCUCAGAGAAGCCCUCCCCCUCCUCAGCCGCCUGAGCCCAACCAACCAGCACUACGAUCCCGAAGAUCAACAACAACAACAUCUUCAUGAAGAUCAUCACCACUUUAAAGAUCAACAAGAUGAGGAAGAUGGUGACGGUGAAGACGAUGAGAGUGUGACUGUUGCACUGCACAUAGGGUUGCCAAACCCUAGCGAUUCUGAAAUGGCUUCUGUGCUUUCUGCUGCUGCUAAUUCUUCCUCGUCAGAGAUGAGCAAUGAUUCUGCAGGGUACCCCAUGACUUGCAGGCUGAACAAGGGUCAGUACUGGAUCCCUACCCCUUCUCAGAUUCUCAUAGGUCCUACCCAGUUUUCUUGCCCUGUUUGCUACAAGACCUUCAACAGAUACAACAACAUGCAGAUGCAUAUGUGGGGGCAUGGAUCUCAAUAUAGAAAAGGGCCUGAAUCUUUGAGAGGCACUCAACCAACAGGAAUGCUUAGGCUUCCUUGCUAUUGUUGUACACCAGGUUGCAGGAAUAACAUCGAUCACCCAAGAGCAAAGCCGCUGAAAGACUUCAGAACACUUCAAACACAUUACAAGAGGAAACAUGGAAUCAAGCAUUUCAUGUGUAGAAAAUGUGGCAAGGCGUUUGCGGUGAGGGGGGAUUGGAGAACCCAUGAGAAGAAUUGUGGCAAGCUUUGGUUUUGCAUUUGUGGCUCUGAUUUUAAGCACAAGAGAUCUCUUAAAGAUCAUAUUAAGGCUUUUGGGAAUGGGCAUGCAGCUUAUGGAUUUAAUGGCUUUGAAGAGGAAGAUGAACCUGCUUCUGAAGUAGAGCAAGACAAUGAGUCCAUGCAGCAAUAAUAACUUGGAAGAAAAUUAAGAACAUUAAUUAAUUGUUAAUGAGUCAAAUAUUAGCAUAUGAACUUAGAGAGGGAGAGCUAUUGACAUAGCCAUGGUUUUCUGAGUGAGAGCUAUAUGUAAGCAUAUCAUUUACUUGGAAAGCCACCUUUUUCUUCCUA